CACUCUUUUAAUCAACACCAUAACCCUUUAAAAUGGCCAUUCUCAGUCCUGUUUCCAGAUGAGAAAACCGAAGCACCCCAAACUUCAGCUAACUGCCCAAAUCCACAACCCUGAGUAAGCAGGGUAAUCGGGUUCGUCUAAACCCAGUGGCAACGUGCCUAACCAUUGGACCACACCACCUCUCACAGAGUGUGUCAUGGGCACUGAGCGAAAAAUUUACAAGGAGUCUUCUUUUUAAUCUAAGGAUUUUUGAAAGCCCAUUGUUGGAAGAUGUUUUUCAAAUUAUUUUUACCUGAAGAAUGUACAAUUAGCUACAAUAAGCAGCUACUUUCAUAUAGUAAAAUAAGUAGCAUGGGAGUAUUUGACUCGUUCAGAGCGAUGAUGUUUUGUGACACAAACGCUGGCAGGUGUAGGUGUCUUGUGUAUGACCUGCUGCAUUAGCCGGCAGACGUUUAAUACCCACCUUCCGGCUCCGGGUUCCUGCCUCAAGGCUGGACCCCCAGAGCGUCUUGUUGGGGCGCGCCUAUCGUGCGCCCGGAAGGGCUAUCCUCUCUCCCCGUGACGCUGGGCGGACCCUGUUCAGGCGGCUGUGAAUCAGCUGAUUUCCCUGGCUGCGCUUCCCCCACCUCAAAUGGCCAACUCCCCACCCUGUGGCCGGGGACGCGAGCCGAGGCCGGGCGCCAAGCCAGGCAAACUCGCCUGGAGCGUUCCGGGUUGUGGUCUGGAUUUCCCCAGCGACCCCAGGGCGCGCUGUCCUGCAGUGGGCAGGCCUCUCCCUCCUCCCCCGAGCAGACCCGCUAGAUCGGUCCCGGGAAUCCGAGGCACCCGGCGCUGAUCGCGCAGGCGGGCUUGGCGCGGGUGCGCCCCGCUAGGACUGUAGGGCAGGCCAGGGACGCCAGGACCCGAGGGAAGGGAGGUCUGCCAGCGCUUAAGUGCCAUCUCCCCCUACCCGUGGCAGGGGCAUCCAGGCUGGCUCUCCCCGCGGGCGCGGUCCGCCUGCGUGCGCCCCAGAGCCCCGCGCUGGUCACCCACGGAGGCGACCUCUGGCGGGCUUUCCCACGUGGGCAGAAGGGCCAGUAUAUCGGUCAACUCUUGGUCUCCGUGACCUCCGCGGAGCCAGGGAAGCGGAGGUGAGAAAGCUCGCUGCCUCCUAGUUUCGAGGACAAGCCACCGCUGUUUUGGAGUCAUCGACUUUCUCCUGGGGCGCAGUGAAGGCCGAGGAACUGGCUCCUGCCCUGCCUCCCUCCUCACUGCCCUCUCCCCUCCCCGGGUCCCGCCCCCCUGCACACGCUGACCCGGGGACACACCCUACUGCAGCGACGCAGACAGGGCGUUGUUCCCGUUAAAGGGGAACGCCGGGAGCCUCCCUCCGGCCCCUAGCUCGGCGCACGCAGCCCCGCAGAGCAGCUGUCUUUCCGGACGCCAGCCGCCGAGCGGACGCACGCGGUCUGUGCCCGAGGCCACUCUGAGGAUCUCCGAGGAUCGGGGACAGCUAUCCCUUUGGGCUGCAGAGACUCCGCUGAGCAGAACUCGCCGCCAGAAUGCUUCUCCUGCUGCUGGGUAUCAUCGUCCUCCACGUCGCGGUGCUUGUGCUGCUGUUCGUCUCCACGAUCGUCAGCCAAUGGAUGGUGGGCAAUGGACACGCGACCGACCUCUGGCAAAACUGUAGCACCUCUUCACUGGGCAACGUCCAACACUGUUUCACAUCAUCAGCAAACGAAUGGCUGCAGUCGGUCCAGGCCACCAUGAUCCUGUCCAUCAUCUUCAGCGUUCUGUCCCUGUUCCUGUUCUUCUGCCAGCUCUUCACCCUCACCAAGGGGGGCCGGUUUUACAUCACCGGAGUCUUCCAGAUCCUUGCUGGUCUGUGUGUGAUGAGCGCGGCAUCCAUCUACACGGUGAGGCACCCGGAAUGGCAUCUCAACUCGGAGAACUCCUACGGCUUUGCCUACAUCCUGGCUUGGGUGGCCUUCCCACUGGCCCUCCUCAGCGGCGUCAUCUAUGUGAUCUUGCGGAAACGUGAAUGAGGCACCGGGACAGGACGUCCGAGGGUCUGAGCGCACGCAGGGAGGGAGGAAGUAAACCAGAAGCCAGGAAAAAAAAGGAGCUAGCCAAAAAACCCAAACUCAAACCAAACCAAACAGAGAGCAGGUGCGGGGGGUGGUUAGUGUUGAUUGAAGAUGUAUAUAAUAUCGACGGUUUAUAAAACCUAUUUAUAACACUUUUUACAUAUAUGUACAUAGUAUUGUUUGCUUUAUGUGUUGACCAUCAGCCGUGGGUUGAACCUUAAAGUAGCUAAGGAACUUGACAUCCUAACCGUAUAAUCAAGCUCAGUUUUUUUGUUUGUUUGUUUUUGUUUGUUUUGCCCAGAAAUAAAAUAAGUCCAUCUUGCCCCUUCCCUUUCGUCUGAAAGAAGAUGCCUCCCUCCCACUCCACCUCAUUUAGAAAACCAAAGUGUGGAUAGAAACCCCAAAUGGCCCAAAGCCCUUUUACUGUGGGUGACCCAGUGCGUCACACACAGACAUGCACUGCCCACGCCUCUGUGUGCAGCCUUACCUGCACUCGGACAGAACCCCCAAACUGGAGCCCUCGGAGGAUCACGGCUUGUGGCUUUGGAAUACUUGCCCUUGAAGGGGGGUGUCCCGGUCACGCAUCUAGGUGAGAAAUUGGUGACAGCAAACCUAUGAAGUGGUGCUAUGUAUUUACCAUUCCUUGUGAUCACUAAUCGUCUAAACGCCUCACUGGAAAUUCAAUUAACCAUUUUACAGCAUGAAGUCGAACGGAGACCUGAAUAAUUCUGUGUAAGAUAAAUGGUUUAUAACCACAUUUGUACCUAGCUAGGCUGCUGUUAUUACUAUAAUGAAUAACAAACCACCGCCUUUAUCACUCCCACGUUUUCCUUAUGGUCGGAGCAUCAGGACAAGCUUCUAGACCCCCUGGGACAGUGGUUCCUGAGAUGCAGCACGGUCUAGACUGUCCUCUGACUCCAAGGACUGUCUGGCAAUGACUCGUACUGGCCACCAACUGUAGAUGUAUAUACGGUGCCCUUCUGAUGCUAAGACUCCAGACCUUUUUUUUUUUUUUAUAUUUUUUGCUUAGCUUUUUCUGAUUUUAUACCAACUGUGUGGACUAAGAUGCAUUCAAAUAAACAUCAGAGUAACUCA